CUUACUUUCACCAUGCUAUCCCCGCCCUUCUCCUCUGCUUUUCCACUGGGCCUUCUCUUGCUCUCGCUAGGUCUGUCAGGGACAGAUGCCCGAGCGACCCCUUCUCCAGUCGAGCCCGUCGCCCGGACAAUCAAUGUUCUGCGCCGCGGCAACGUACAGAGAAGCACAGAUGAGGCCUUAGCCUGGUUGCAGCAGAACAGACUUGCUACCCAUCACAAGUAUGGUGCUGGCUCAUCAGGAAACCAGAAACGUGCCAAUGGUCAGAAUCUGCUCACGAAUCUGCAGUUUGACUCGGCAUAUUUUGGUAGUCUUGCCGUCGGUACUCCGCCCGCGUCAUUCGACGUUAUCCUGGAUACGGGGUCCUCGGAUCUCUGGCUCGCAUCAGGUUCAAGCGACAGCCGCAGCACCGAUGGAAUCACGCUUUUUGAGCCGUCAUCAUCUUCAACAUUCACGAAUCUCAACCAAGAGUUCGGCAUCACUUAUGGUUCAGGAUCGGCUCAAGGCGUCCUUGGUCAGGACCGGGUACAGUUCGCGGGCUUUGAAGUCAAUCAGACCUUCGGGGUGGUCAACCAAACUUCCCAACAGCUCCUAACAAAACCUAUUUCCGGUUUAAUGGGGUUGGGCUUCCAGAGUAUAGCCGCCUCUGGCGCGGAGCCGUUCUGGCAAUCGUUGGCCAGCACUUCUGGUACUCUCGACUCCCCGUUGUUCGCCUUCCAGCUCACACGCUUCACAAACGAUACCAACGCGAACCAGUUGGAGCUGGGAGGCACUUUCACUCUUGGUGCCACCAACAGUAGCCUGUUCACUGGCGAUAUUGACUUCCAGGCGAUUCCUGAUGGUGCCCCGGGAUACUGGAUCCAGGAGCUGACCGGCCUCAAGGUGAAUGGUCAAUCUAUCACCGUCCCUACUGGGUCCAAUGCAUGGGCUGCUAUUGACACCGGCACAACUGGUGUUGGUGUGCCUCAGGAUACACUACAAGCUAUCUUCGCCGCCGUUCCGAAUAGCCAGCCGGGCAGUGGCCAGACCGAAGGUUACUACAUUUACCCUUGCUCCACUACCGUUACUGUCGAGGUUAAUUGGGGCAAUAGCGCCAUCUUCUGGACAAUCUCCGCUGCGGACUUCGCCUUGGAGCAGGUUGACCAAGACAACUGCGCUGGUGCUUUCUUCGAGAUCUCGAAUUCGGGCUCCUCCACCCCUCCAUUCAUCUUCGGUGACGUGUUCCUGAAAAAUGUAUAUUCCGUUUUCCGUUCCAACCCCGCUGCUGUCGGUUUCGCGCAGCUCUCUUCGGAGUCGCUCGCCAUGAAUGGAGCCGAUGACCCCGUCCCAUCAGCCACAAUCGGCUCUGUCGCGUCUGUCACUCCGACAAGUAGUGGCACGUCGGACACCGACAGUGGCAGUGGCGGCGGCUCGAGUAAUAGUGCGGGUCCCGCUGUCGCCUUGUCCUCGAGUGCAGUGCUUAUCUCCGCAUUGCUGGGUGCUUCCGUCGUGUUGCUGUAAUAUUUAUACUUGGAAGCUUGAUUCUAUGCCUCACCAUGGUUUGUAGCACGUUCUCUUCAUUUUAGCUUUUCGCACAACGGACGCUCCUGAGUGCCGUCAGACUUCUCUCACUACAAAGCGGAGUAAUAGAAAUGCUUUCAUGCUGUAGCAUAUCCCUGUUCAUUUAGAUACCACUACAUGUACGGAAUGUAUUGGGAUGGAUGACUAGAAGGGCUUUGCUAGCGCGCCACCAUUUUUGCUGCAUAUUCAAUACUCAUCCGUGUGUGGCCGAGAUCGCUAUAGCACUGUCAGCUUGAGUCCUCAUCCUCUUCAUCGGCAUGAUUCUUGUAGAACGCGAAGAGCUUCCGGCGAUUCGAGUCUCUCGUACUCUCCUCUCCGGCCACGUCGAACAGCUGCUUGAGCAGCACCUUCUUCACAGCGGCAGGUGGCAUUGCACCCUCCUUGGGCUGUGAGACGCACGAGUUCGAGACGAGGUGCUCGAACUGCGAGCCAGAGAGCUUCGCUCGCUUCCGGCUUCGUUCGCCGUCCCCGCCUUCUGAUGGAGCGGAUGGCGAGAGCGCAGAGACCAGGGGCUCGAACAGAGCGGACUGCAGGCGAUCGUAUGUCGUCUUGUUGAGGGUACGCGCAGCGAGGGUGAAGAAGGGGUCGACUAGGGUGGCGAGCGGGGCGGGGCGGGGGUCCUCGGAAAAGCCGAUGGAUUUGUCCAGCUCUUCGACGUAGAUGUCUGCGAGGUGGUAUGCAAGGCCGACAGGAACGCGCGGGUCUUCUGGGCAUAGAGGACCGCCCUUGUCGGUUAAGAUGGUAUUAUACUCUGCACAAAUAGUAGCAUCCCACUCAUUUCGGAUGAGCAGGCGGAAGGAUGCGUUGACGAAUCUUCGGAUGAGCAUGUAAUACUUGUCAAGGCGGAGACGGUCUAUACCAGGCCAUUCCCUAACCAACGCCUCCCAGAAGCCGCGCAAGAAAGCUAGUGCCGAGGGGGUUUUUGGGAUUUUCAGGGCGGUCUCAGCAAUUUCAUUGGCGAGAGCUUGUUGCACUAGCGGCUUGUCCGACAUCCAGAAACAGUAGAAGAUCCCCUUCCACAGCUUCGCCAUUUCAACUUUGGGGAGGUCAUCGUGCGAAGGGUCGCAGAGGAACACGGGC